UUAGUUUAUUUCCGUUCACUUGAGUUGAAGGAAGGAGCGCAUUCUUUUCUACUUUCAGUUGAUUUUUUCCUUAAUUUCGUUUGGGUUUGCGUUCUGAAUUUUAAUUUCGUCUUUCGGUUAUUUUUUUUUGUACAAAAUAAAAAAUAUCUUAAAAUAAACAAAAAAAAAAAAAAACUGAAACAAUUGAAAAAGGUUUUAAAAUUAGUUUGUGUUCCAAUUCAAUUCGGGUCUUUUCUUCUGUUUCCAAUAAAACUAUUGUGACUAUAAGUAAAUCUGACAAAUACUUGUUUAUAGCAAAAGUAAAAAAAAAGUAAAACUAAAGUAUUUUUAGACUUUCUAGAAAGGAAUAUUAGUUUCAAACUGGGAAUUUAAGGUCGACAUACGAAUAAAUUUAAUUCGCAUAUUGAUCUCGAAUAGUGUCUGACCAAAGACUUCCGAUAUUGUAACAAUCAAACCAACAUGCUUUCUUAGAAAAGAAAGGUAUAACUUAUGCGAAAGAACGAAUUACUUUGUGCGUAGCAAAAGCGGAAUUUGUUGAACCAUAUUUGGUAAAUUCAAUGUAUAUUACACCCACAUUUUGUUUAUUACUAAAAAACCUAAUUGUGCAAACCGUAGACCGUUCAUUCGGGUUGAAGUGCUGCUCGUUUGACUCUAUAAAUGGUGUCAACUAAUAAACAAUAAACUAAAUAGGAAAUGAACAAUCAGUAUUAUUGUCAAGCUGGUGAAACUGUAGAAGCAAAAUACAUUAACUAUCUUGAAGACAAUCAUAAUUUAAUAUUUUUAAUAUCAAAGUUGUUUAUUUAAACAUUUUUGUCAGAGGUUUUUUUACGAGACUUCACGUCAACAUUUUUUGCUAAAAUCAUUUUUCUUCGUUGCCGUGCGAUUUCUGAUUUCCGAUUUCCGGACGUUACGAAUCCACAUAUUUAAAACGAUUUUUUUUGUCUUUAAAUGAUGACCUCGAGUGCUAAUAGCAACAAAAUGGUUGAAGGACAACAACAGCAAAACGGUAGUAGUGGUGGUUCCGGAGCUGCUGCUGGUAACGUCGUUAGUGGUAGUGGCAGCUCAGCGGCAACUGCAAAUACUACUGAAAAUCCUACCAAUAACAACAACAACAAUAAUAAUACAAAAACCAACAACAACAACGCUAUAGCUAGUGAUCCUAAAACCAAUUUAAUUGUGAAUUACCUACCACAAACAAUGUCACAAGAGGAGAUACGAUCGUUGUUUGUUAGCUUCGGAGAAGUGGAGAGCUGCAAAUUGAUUAGGGAUAAGGUGACAGGCCAAAGCCUCGGUUAUGGAUUCGUAAAUUACGUGAAGCAGGAGGAUGCCGAGAAAGCCAUAAGCUCGCUCAAUGGAUUACGUUUGCAGAAUAAAACAAUUAAAGUCUCAAUUGCCCGUCCUAGCUCUGAAUCAAUCAAGGGAGCUAAUUUAUAUGUAUCUGGUCUUCCAAAAAAUCUCACCCAACCAGAUCUCGAAGUACUAUUCAGUCCAUACGGCAAAAUAAUUACCUCAAGAAUUUUAUGUGACAAUAUCACAGGUCUCUCGAAAGGUGUUGGUUUUAUACGCUUUGAUCAACGUCAUGAGGCUGACCGUGCUAUCAAAGAGCUAAAUGGAACAAUACCCAAAAAUGCCACAGAUGCCAUCAUUGUUAAAUUCGCCAAUAAUCCCAGUAAUAAUAAAGCAUUGCAGCCAUUGGCUGCUUAUUUAACACCACAGAACGCCCGAGCACGGGGCUUUCCAGCCGCUGCUGCAGCUGUUGGAGCAGCUGCUGCUAUCCAUCCUUCAGCAGCAAGUCGUUAUAGUUCGGUGAUUUCGCGAUAUUCGCCUUUAGCUAGUGAUCUGUUGGCAAAUACAAUCCUACCAGGAAAUCCUAUCAGCGGGUCUGGUUGGUGCAUUUUUGUAUACAAUUUGGCACCAGAGACAGAGGAGAAUGUGUUGUGGCAGCUUUUUGGACCUUUUGGUGCCGUGCAGUCGGUUAAAGUUAUUCGUGAUUUGCAGACCAAUAAAUGCAAAGGUUUUGGGUUUGUCACAAUGACUAACUAUGAGGAAGCAGUCGUUGCCAUACAAUCGCUCAAUGGCUAUACUCUGGGUAACCGUGUGCUUCAAGUCAGCUUUAAGACGAAUAAAACAAAGCAAACGUAAUUAUUAACGAAACUAACUGAUGUUAUGUA